AUGUCACCCUCUAUUGGAUUCAGCGAGUCGCAGACUCACAGUGCCCUGGCAGAUGCCUGCAAGCUAGCCUGGCACACUUUCUAUGGCAUGCAGAAGGCCUCGGAAGAUUUUGAGAACCUGCGAUUCGAGGUCUGGACAGUAGCCAUUAGCCUGGAUUCCCUACACAGCAUCGGGAGCACGUCGCUACUCAUCGAUCGACAACCAGACCACAAGCGUUGGGCGUUGACAUUCUCGAAGAUCCUCAAUUCAUUGAAUGCUGCUCUUCGACCACUCUACAACCUCGUAAAACUCUAUCUAUCGACGUCAGCCAGGGAUCGCGCAGCGGUAAAGCAGUGGCUUACGAACCACGAUGUGAACUACGACGGCGUCACGGUCCAAGACUUUCGGCGGAAGUUGUCGAUGCUUGUGGAAAGUCUCAACGUGUUCCUCUCAUCCCUGACACACGCCGAGCUCGCUCGAGCGAAAGCUGCAACGGAAACUGAAGAAUACCGGGUCCUCCAAGAAGUCACAAGAACCGUAUUGCACAAAUGGGAUCAGGGAAGGACGGCUAGCACGGUGCAAGGCCCCGAGGGAGCGAGCAGGAUUAUCAAACAAGUCAGCAUCGUCAACGACAAUCUCAAGGAAAACGGGGUAUCUUCUCUUCGCCCAGGCUUCUCAAGCACCAGCUCAGAAGGUCCUAGGUCGCCGUCAUGGCCCAGUCAUCAGACCUCGCCUCAUCAUACGGACCUCAAUCGUCCCGCGGAGAUGUUGAACCUGGACGGCAUUGAGACAGGCUUUCGCAGACAUAUGCAUGCCAUGCGCCGCAUUCGAGAACAGCUCUGGCACCAGAACGAAAACAAAGACCACUUAUCGACACAAAAAUCGAACCACUUCCCGGGACCACUACAUUUAGCUACUACUAGAGCCGAACAAAGCGUCACGUUCGUGCCGAACCAAUCGCUAGAAGUGCCUUCCACACAGACAGAUGCCUCGAAUUCCGGUGUCAGCGCAGCCAAAGGCUCUGAUUCGACAAGCGUCGUGUCGGCGUUCAAAGAUGAGGUCUCCCGAAGUCCCUCGGUGCCGGCCAAGGUCAACCACACGAGGACACCGUCUGAAGAGUCUGGACGCAAGAGAGUACGAAGCCACGACAACUUGCAGUCGACGCGGGACAAUGGUUACAUGGACGCGGCGCCAAAAGAUAGACGACCCGGGAAGAUCGCGCUAGAGCAAAUGCUCAGCGCGGCUCUCUUCUUUGAUAGCUGA